UAUUUUUUACGCAUGGCAACAAAACAUGUUUUCGCGAGAAAACUUGUGAUAGCAUCGUGAAUCUUAUUUUGAUUACAAAAUUGGCAUGAAACUAGAUAAUAAGCCGAAAAAUAGUGAAUAUUUAGUGCAAAGUUAUAGUGUUUGAUGUGGUGUAUUAAAUAUCCGCCUUCCAAGUGGAGCUGCUAAAGAAAUUGCUUGCCAUGGCGGGCCCGUCCGACGGCGAUCCCGACGGAUGGGUCGAGUUCUGCGAGCGUCAGGCCAAAGCCGCCGCUCAGGACUUCGCCAAGGCUUGCUUGCAGUAUGUACAAACCGGUGCCGGCGACUCCGCAACGCGGCCGCAAGCUCCGCCUAAGGAGCUGCUGAAGAAAUUCGUGGAAUGUUUCUCGGAACAGUUCGAGUAUGAAAUUGGGAAGUUGAAAGCUUUGCAUAAACUUCCUAACGGCACACAUACGGGACACGACGAGAGCGACUAUUCCGAAGAUACAGACUCGCCAAAAACGCAACACAAACCAUUUUUCCGAAGGUUAUCUUUCAAAGGUCUGAGACGUGGGAAAGGGUUGUUCCACAAGCAACACUCGGACGAGGUGGAGCUCUCAUCACAUCUGAACAAACACAACAAGACUAAAUUAGCUAAAAUAGUUGUAGAAUGUAGGAAGGAGGGGCUGGUAAAUUAUUUAACUCCUGAGAGUCUGGAACAGCCCAGUGGCCCUCAGAAGUGGGAAAGGUGCAGGCUAGCUUUGGUGAAGACGGUAGGGGGUUACAUGCUGGAGUUCUACUCUCCUCCAAAAGCACAGAAGCCUCGCAGUGGAGUAUUUUGUUUCCUUAUAUCGGAAGCCCGAGAAACCACUGCGCUGGAGAUGCCUGACCAUGAAAAUACUUUUGUAUUGAAGGCAGACAAUAACAUGGAAUAUGUAAUAGAGGCAGCUGAUGUAGACGAUAUGAAAUCAUGGUUGGCAACUAUCAAGUACUGUAUGAGAGCGCCCCCAACCACUCAGCCGCCGCCAGACGCGCUGCCAGGCAUGCCGGAGCCGGCACCCCCUGACCUGCCACCACGAAGAGACCUACCAACCAGCACCAGCAAUAUUGACUUAGCUACUGACACUCCCGAAGAGGCUGAAUUAGGUUCGAUAGCAGAAGAAGCUUGUGAGUCAUCAUCCCGCAUCUCCCUGGCGGAGUGGCCGUGGUUCCACGGCACAUUGGCCCGCGCGGCCGCCGCGGCCUGCGUGCUAGCGGGCGGCGCCAGUGGUCACGGAUGUUAUCUCGUACGACAGAGCGAGACACGACGCGGGGAAUAUGUGCUCACUUUCAACUUCCAGGGUCGCGCAAAACACCUCCGUAUGACCCUGAGCGAGACGGGUCAGUGUCGCGUGCAGCACCUGUGGUUCCCCAACGUGCACGACAUGCUGGAACACUUCCGAGCGCACCCCAUCCCGCUGGAGUCGGGCGGCGCGGCUGACGUCACUCUCACCGAGUACGUCGUCUGCCAGGAAGGGAACCGACAACAAUUGGACGUCACCCACGGCAGCGACGUGCGCAUGCGCCGCGCGGAGCUAGAAGCGCUGCUGGUUGCUAGCGGAGCUCACCACGACAUCCGCGCCGUGGACAACCAGUACACCUUCGUUUAACCAUCGCCAUACUGUGGAGCGACCAGUGGACUGCUCCAAACUAUUAACAGAGCGCUCUGCUGCAAGGAAAUUGGUACUGUACCUACAUUCGUCUAGAGUUCAUUGUUGUAUGUGUCUUAACACUUUGACGGGGAAUCCUAUUAGAAUUGUUCUAAGCUGAUCUUAUAUGUGUAGACGUUUGUAUGGUGAAGUGGUGUUGGGACUUUCUUAGUGACGUCAGGAAGGGAUUUGAAACUUAAAAUCAUAAAGUUUUAUUUCCUAAUUGGUAGGUAGUAUAGCCGUUGAGAGGUCAGCUCUGAAUAAAUAAGUUUAACCGUCUUAGGUUCGUUUGAUAUACAUACAGCAUCUUUGCAACCUUACGGUCUUUGAAUAAAAUUCAAAAUUGGUCAAUUCGAAUGUGCUCAUAUAUCACUUGACAGUUAAGUAGGUACAGAAGAGACUGAAGGACAUAGAUUGAAGAUUUGUUAAAUAAAGGAACAUUUGGUACGGUUUGUGUGACUAGUGUUGCUGACAUAAAGUAACAAGUUUUAGUUUACAUGUAAGUACAUUGUACCAUGUAUUUUUAAUCGUUGUUUUCAUGGUACGAUAUCACUUAACAACUUAAUUAUACUUAAGAUCAUUUUGGUGUUUUUUUUUUUAUGGGAGAAAAAUCAUCGAAUGACUUCUCCCGCCCGGGUGAGGCGAGAGGAAA